AUGCAGACACUUAGCACAUUAAAUCUCUGCCACAAUGAAAUCGGAGCUGUUGGAGCACAGCAUCUAGCAAAUGCAUUACGAAAUAAUAAGACACUUAACACAUUAAAUAUUGAGAGCAAUCAAAUCGGAGAUGUCGGUGCACAGCAUCUAGCAGAUACAUUACGAAAUAAUAAGACACUUAUCACAUUAAAUCUUUGGAGCAAUCAAAUCGGAGAUGUUGGAGCACAGCAUCUAGCAGAUGCAUUACGAAAUAAUACAACACUUACUAGCGUAGAUCUCGGCAGCAAUCAAAUUAGAGAUGUUGGAGCACAGCAUCUAGCCGAUGCCUUACAAAAUAAUACGGCACUUACCACAUUAAAUCUUCGCAGCAAUCAUAUCGGACAUGUAGGAGCACAGGAUCUAGCAAAUGUAUUACGAAAUAAUAAAACACUUAGCACAUUAAAUCUCUACCACAAUGAAAUCGGAGCUGUUGGAGCACAGCAUCUAGCAAAUGCAUUACGAAAUAAUAAGAUACUUACGACAUUAGAUGUCGGCGACAAUAAAAUCGGAUAUGCAGGAGUACAGCAUCUAGCAGAUGCAUUACGAAAUAAUACGACACUUAGCACAUUAAAUCUCGACCACGAUGAAAUCACAGAUGUUGGAGUACAGCAUCUAGCAAAUGCAUUACGAAAUAAUAAGACACCUAUCACAUUAAGUCUCGCGUGGAAUAAAAUCGGAGCUGUUGGAGCACAGUAUCUAGCAGAUGAAUUACGAGAUAAUAAGACACUUACCACAUUACAUCUAUCUGGGAAUAGAAUUGGAGAUGUUGGAGCACAGCAUCUAGCCGAUGCCUUACAAAAUAAUACGACACUUAGCACAUUAAAUCUCGACCACGAUGAAAUCACAGAUGUUGGAGUACAGCAUCUAGCAAAUGCAUUACGAAAUAAUAAGACACCUAUCACAUUAAGUCUCGCGUGGAAUAAAAUCGGAGCUGUUGGAGCACAGUAUCUAGCAGAUGAAUUACGAGAUAAUAAGACACUUACCACAUUACAUCUAUCUGGGAAUAGAAUUGGAGAUGUUGGAGCACAGCAUCUAGCCGAUGCCUUACAAAAUAAUACGGUAAUUACCAUUGUCUUUCUCAUCUAUUUUAUAUAUCCAUUUGCACUUUUUCUUGCAGACACUUACCACAUUAGAUCUCGCGUACAAUAA